GCCAACCCGGUGGGGGCCAUCAAAAUUUCAAAAACGUACGCGGGCCCCUUUCGCGACGAGGAUAAAAGGCAGCAAUCGUGAUUCUUUCGGGCAGUGUCGAUACGAUCGCCGUGCUCGUUCGAGCGUCAACGUGCGAGGAACGGAAUAAAAAAGAGAGACAGAAGAAGACUGCAAGGGCGAGAAGUGAAGACAAGUUUGCGAGGAGUUGGAGUAAUCUGGUGUUCCGCCCGUCGUACGGAAAAGUCGAAAUAGUCAAGAUGUUGAGAUUCGCGAUAAUUGGCGCACUCUUCGUGGUAUCCGGCCUCGCCGCGCCGGCGUCGCAGGACGCGGCGGCGUCGCCGCCACCCUCGAUCCUCGAGGAGGCCCUCGACGUGUACGCCUCUUGUUCCGAAGAGUCGAGCAUCGCGGUGUGUCUCAAGCUGAAGGCCCUGCGCUUCGUCGAUCGUGCCGCCCGCUCAGCCGACAUCGAAAUUAUCGACGGAUUCAAGAUCGUGCAGACCGAGGAGGCGAAGAACAGCCGAGCUGACAAUGCAAGGUCUCUCAACGACAUUGAAAGCACCUUACCUGCUGAGGCCGAAGCCAAAGAGGCCGCAAUUGAUCAAGCCCUCGUCGACAGGGCCGGUAAAUUCUUAUCCACGCACACCAUGGAAUUGAGCAUUCCCGAGGAAGUUUCUCGCUCCUUCGACGAAGCUCGUGGCAAAAAGAAGAAGAUCGUUAAAUCCCUGCUGCCGAUUCUGCUGCUCCUGAAAUUGAAGGCCGCCGCCCUCAUCCCGAUCGCCCUCGGUGCCUUGGCUCUGAUCGCUUUCAAGGCCCUCGUCAUCGGCAAGAUCGCUCUCAUCAUCAGCUUGAUCAUCGGCCUGCAGAAGCUGCUCGCUCACAAGCACCAGAGCUACGAGGUCGUCGCGCACCCCGUCCACGACUACGGACACGAUGUGCACCACGAUGUGCACCACGGCUGGGCGAGAUCGGCGGCCGCUUCCGACCUCGCGUACAAAGCGUACAAGAAGCCCUCUAAAUAGCUCAAUGUUAUAUGUACAACUUCUCUCCCCUUUAACUCUCUACCUUCAUUCGCCAAAGUGAUCGCUCUUAACCCGGCGAUCACCUGAGGGUGGCGUGGCUCAGCUUCUCAGGGAUCCGCGGACUAAGCUCAGCUCGACAACGAAGACGCUCGCCGACGCAAUGGACGACCGGAUUGUAACGCGCUCCUACGCGGACAAGCAAACGACUGUUAGACGCGGACGGCUACUGAAUUUUUGCACGGACUGGAUUCAAUUACGACUCGAUUGACCCUCGACGACGCCGAAGCCGACAGGGAUGCUACAUCGAUGCUAAAAAGAAAAUUCGAUGUACAUUCCGACGAUUUUUUUCACGACGAUACUCAUCACUUUACCGACAAAGACUGCAUCCAGAGAUUAUGAGAAUCUCAAGACUCUCAGAAACGGUGGAACCUGCCAGAAGUCGCGCCCCCUUGCUCACACUCGUGCGAUAUCCUUUCAGAGUCCUCCGCGUCUCUCGCACGCGGAACGACUCGCAGUCAGUACUCGCACGAGACCACCAGAUUUAAUCCAAUGAUUAUUUAUAUAUCGAUCACCCCGUUGGGAUCAUCAUGUAACUUAUCACAUUAUUUAUAAAUAAAUUGUAAUUUUUGUAUAAUAU